AUGCCACCAACCGCUCUGGCGGAUGCUGAGUAUGAAUCGGUGAAGAAGACGUUUGAGGGUCAGUGGGCAGGUAGCUUCAAGUGGUUACGUUUGCUCCGCAUGUCUAACGGUCGUCCGUCUUUGAAAUGUGCGAUUUGUGUGAAGCAUGGAGAUCCACAAGUGCACACCGCGUACGGGCCGAGGGGUGAGGGUGCACGGGAUCUCCAGAUCGGCAGCAUUCGCACUCACACAUCCUCCCGUGCACACAAGCAGGCGUUGGAGAAUCAGGAGAAGGCGGAGGCGGAGAAGGCGAAGCAGGCAUCAAUCAUACGUUGGCAGGGUACGGAUGCUUCCACUCGUCACAUCAUUCGGCUCCUCCACAUCGCGCACUUUGUCUGUAAGGCCGACGCACCCAUCGCGAUGUUCGUGGACGUCACCCUUGUUGCGCACAUCGUGCAGCAGACAAGGAUGCGUCUGAAGACGCGGUAUUCCCUCCGCGACCCUGCACACCAUUUCGGCAGCAGCGACAAAAUGCAGCUUCCCGAGUUCAUUCAGAGGCACGGGACAAAGGACAAGCGCGAGAUGAAGGCGGAGGGCGUAGACGGGGACGGGAAUCUCGUCACGUUUGAGUUCACGCUGCACGAGCGCCCGCUGCCAGGACACGAGACGGAAGGCGAUGUCACGGCGUGCGUCGAGCUGUCGAUCAAGUACGUGCACGCCAUUGACAAAGAGCUGGAGUGGCGGAUGCGCGACCUGGAGCUGCUGGAAGGCUCGAAGCUGUUUCGCACAGCUUCGUACGUGUCCGACGACACGAAGCGACUGGAAACCUUCAAAAAGUGGCUCGGCCAGCUGCACAAGUUGUACCACCACAAGCUGCCAGGUAAGCCUCCUGUAGCGCUUGCACAUGUUAUGAUGUUUGUUGUCGCUUUCAUGCUUGACAUGAGGUUGACAAUUGCACAUCCUGCAUACUGUGGCUUGUUGGACUAA